AUGCCACCUGUUCCGCAUCAUCAGGAAGCUGAAGCCCUUCUACUACAAGAUGGUGACUUCCUUGUUUGUGAACUCGGAUCCCCUGAGGGCCACCCUGUAAUCUCCUUCCGUUGGCGAGGCAAGACUCUACAUUUUGAGGUGUUCCAAGUAACACUGCAUCCCAGGCCUGGUCGCCCACAGGCCCUCUUUCAGCUCAAAGAUGAGAGAUUCGCCAGUAGGUUUGCCCUGGUGGUCCAAAGUUACAUGACUUUCAGGUGCCCACUGUCCCGGGCCACAGGAGCUGUGGUCUCCAAGCCCGGAAGUCAUCAGAGGCCACUGAUGCGCAGCCUCAGGGAGGAUGUGCUCACGGACAGCCCGGCUGCAACCAGGUCUUUCAGGUACUCGCACCCGCUGCUUUUGGAUCCGCCCCUGCACGCUGCAGGCAGUGAACCCACCGUGCUGAAGGGUCUGCCUCACCUGGGAACUAUGACAGACAGUCUCAGAGCCUCUGAUGGACAGCUUUCUGAUGGAAAGGCUCCCUCCAAGCCACUCUGGUCACCCUCCCUAUCCCUGCCCCUAUCCCUGACUUCGCCGGCCCCUCCACCCCCGCAAAUCUUUGACCACGCCCUUGUUCCACCUAGGCUCUACUCUUCCCACAGUACCCUGCAACCCAGCAGAGUGCGCCUGCUGGAGGGUGAAGAAACCUGUGGGCCGCUGGACGAGUCCCGUGACCGGCUGCUGCGCAUCCUGCUUGGGGUCCGGCAGGUGGCCCUCGAUGCACCCCUGUUCCGCAGGGCAGCUGCCCAGUGCCUACAAGGAUUCAGACCCAACCCAGCACCAUGGGAGGCACUGACCACCAACUUCCUGUGCCGCCUACUGUGGGGGAGCAAGGGAGCCCAGACCGCCAGAGCUGACCACAUACAGAAGUUCCAUCACAUCCUGAGCAUCCUGUCCCAUCAACUAGAACUCCUUAUGGCUGAGAGCCCAUCCCCCAUCCCUAUUACACUGGAGGGACCCCAAGAAGGCUGCCCCCCCCCCCCGCUAUUCAAGAGGCUACGACCUGAACUUGGUGCCCAGACUCAUCACUCUAGCACUUGGGAAACGCAGACGGGAGAAUCGGGAGUUCAAGACCAUCCUUAG